UUGAAGGUUGUAUGAAGCUAAACACAAACGCAGACAAGACCAUUCACCACUUUUCGUUUGACAACCCGUGAAAAGCCACCGAAGGCUGAGCAGAGAGCACACCCCAAGUCCCCCCCACUGCAUCCUCCUUCUAGGCUGAGCCUCGACCAAGGUCUUGUCCUCCCCUGAACACGGUGGUGGGAAUUCCGCAUAUACGGACACUUAUAUCCCAAAGUUGAAUUACAUAGUCUGCGCGGCAAAAAUGCAAUGUGACAGCGGUGUGGCUUCUCUUCAAGGUCAGUAUCUGAGCACCGCCGCCUCACGGACGUGUUUCUCGGGCAGUCGGAGGGAAGAAGAGGCGUGGAGGGGGAUGCCGCUGUGCCUCCAGCAUCAACAAUGACAUAUUUCACCAAGGAGGACAUUGAUAGCCACUGACACAGACACUUGUCAGACACUGCCGUAAGAAAAGAAAGGAUAGUCUUGCUUCUUUUACAGCACAUUUGUCUGCGUUGUUGUAAAAACAUAUUCAGCAUUUUUGCCGUUUCCUGCUAUCUCACAACGGCCUGUGUCACUGUUUACCUGGCUAGAGCAACAACGCUAAAGUGAAGCUAGUUAGUUGACAGAAUGGAUGUUUGAUUCGGUUUAAGCCAAACAAGUUGUAUUAAACUUCCUUGAACUUGUUUGGUUUCCAAGCGGACUUUCAAACUAUUCAUAUCUUUUCAAAUUACAUCGCCUUGUGUCGCUCAAAAACAUGCCUUCGAGGAGAGAUUCACACAGCCCGGCCGGGAAGAGUUUACUGGAGCGGGGGCUGCUCCUGCUGAUCGUGUUGGUGCUACUGCAGGGCUCCGUGCUUCCCCUCGGAGCUGCUAGCUCUCCUGAUACCAGCCACAAUGACAAUUUGGACAACCACCAAGUGACGGAUGAAAGGAAUAACUACACUAAAAAGCCAUUCCCUGUGCUCGCUCUCGACUACCAUCACAUACAGACCCCCUUUGAAAUCGCAUUAUGGGUCCUGCUGGCUUCCUUAAUGAAAUUAGGGUUCCACCUGAUUCCUCGUCUAUCCGGCAUUGUGCCAGAGAGCUGCCUGUUGAUCACCGUGGGUCUGCUUGUGGGGGGGCUCAUCAAACUAGCUGGAGAAGACGUCCCCCCGGUGCUGGACUCCCGUUUGUUCUUCCUCUGCCUGCUGCCGCCCAUCAUCCUCGAUGCUGGCUACUUCCUGCCCAUCCGGCCCUUCAUGGAGAACCUGGGCACCAUCCUGAUGUUUGCUGUGGUGGGGACCUUGUGGAACGCCUUCUUCAUCGGGGGUCUGCUGUACGCUGUGUGUCAGAUCCAGCCGGCCAACCCAUCCAUCCUUCACAACAUCGAGCUGCUGCCCUGUCUGCUGUUCGGCUCCAUCAUCUCCGCUGUGGACCCCGUGGCCGUGCUGGCUGUGUUUGAGGAGAUCCACAUCAAUGAACUGUUGCACAUCCUGGUGUUUGGAGAGUCUCUGCUCAACGAUGCUGUCACUGUGGUGUUGUACCACCUGUUUGAGGAGUAUUCAGGUGCUGGCAAAGUCACGGUGAUGGACGGUUUCCUGGGAAUCAUCUCCUUCCUGGUGGUCGCAUUGGGUGGCAUUCUGGUGGGAGCCAUCUAUGGGAUCCUGGCCGCCUUCACCUCCCGCUUCACCUCCCAUGUGCGUGUCAUAGAGCCACUUUUUGUCUUUGUGUACAGCUACAUGGCCUACCUGUCAGCGGAGAUGUUCCACCUCUCUGGAAUCAUGGCGUUGAUAGCAUGUGGAGCAACGAUGCGACCCUAUGUGGAAGCCAACAUUUCCCACAAAUCCCACACCACCAUAAAGUACUUCCUGAAAAUGUGGAGCAGCGUCAGCGAAACUCUCAUCUUCAUCUUCCUGGGAGUGGCCACGGUGGACGGACCUCACUCCUGGAACUGGACCUUCGUCACCGUCACCGUCAUUCUGUGUCUGGUGUCUCGGGUCAUAGGUGUGGUUGGUCUGACCUACGUGAUCAACAAGUUCCGCAUCGUCAAGCUGACGACCAAGGACCAAUUCAUUAUAGCCUACGGUGGCCUGCGAGGUGCCAUCGCCUUCUCCCUCGGCUUCCUACUGGACAAGAAUCUCUUCCCCAUGAGGGAGAUGUUCCUCACAGCCAUCAUCACCGUCGUCUUCUUCACUGUCUUUGUUCAGGGCAUGACCAUCAAACCCCUGGUGGAGCUGCUGGCGGUGAAGAAGAAACAGGAGGCCAAGCGGACGAUUAAUGAGGAAAUCCACACGCAGUUCCUGGACCACCUCCUGACUGGAAUUGAGGACAUCUGUGGACACUAUGGACACCACCACUGGAAGGACAAAUUGAACCGCUUCAACAAGAAGUAUGUGAAGAAGUGCCUGAUUGCAGGCGAACGCUCAAAGGAGCCACAGCUCAUCGCCUUCUACCACAAGAUGGAGUUUAAACAGGCCAUUGAGCAGGUGGAGAGCGGAGGAGGAGUCAAGAUGCCAUCGGCUGUGCCUUCCACUGUUUCCAUGCAGAACAUCCAGCCAAAGAAGGCUCCUGCUCCUGCCAAGCCUGCAGAGAAAGCUCCGUCCCAGCUGCCUAAAGGCCGAGAGGAGGAGAUCAGGAAGAUCCUCAGGAGCAACCUUCAGAGGACACGGAUGAGGCUGCGCUCAUACAACAGACACACUCUGGUGGCUGAUCCGUUCGAGGAUGGCUUCGGUGACUUGCUCAUCAAGAAGCAGAAGAUGAUCGAGCUGGAGAAGAAGAUUAAAGACAUGAAUAACUACCUGACGGUGCCUGCAGCUCCCCCUGACUCCCCGACCAUGUGUAGAGCCAGACUGGCUUCAGGCAAAGAUUCUGAUUUCAAACCUGCUCAGCAGCAGAAGGGAAACAAAACCGGUCCAGACCCACAGGCUUUCAGAACGAAGCCGGAGUCAGACAGCGUGCCGACCAUCCAGGUGGACCUGGCCUCUCCUCAGUCUCCAGACUCCGUCAACGUGAUGGAUGAGUUCAGACGGGCCGGCCAGGAGCAGCGGGGAGAGGAGCGGGAGGACGAACAGGGCCUGAUGAUGAGACCUCCCUCGCGCCCUCACAGGUCAGGUGAGGCCGCCGAUGGCAAAGAUCCGCAGAAGCUGACGAGGUGCCUCAGCGACCCCGGCCCCAGCGCCGACGAGGAGGAGGACGAACCCUUCCUGCCUUGAUCCGGCCGAUGUGAGGGGGUCACCAACCACCUUCACUAAUCAGAGAGCGGGCUGCUUCACUGUGCUGCCCAAAAUAGUCUCUUUGGUUCAGAAACCUAUCAAGCCAAAACUGCUAAUGCUGUACGAAACCACACACACAAAGCAAAGGGAGUGUGAGAAGAGAAAAGAGCCAUCAGUUUGUUGUUAUCAUUGCUCUUUAUUUUUCUAAGACCGGAUGGGAACAGCUGCUAUCUGAGAGAUGGUGGAGUUUAUGGUUGAUAGUCUGAGACAUUCAGCAAAGAACUAUGCAUAACCAAAGGUUUGGACUGUUUGACUGACGAUGUCAUUUUUACUUUAGUGUCAGACUGUUUUCCUUUUUAAUGACUGGAUAAGUGUUGGGUUUUAUGUUUUUCCAGGAAUUUUAAAAUAGUUUCUGUCUCGAUUUGAGACAUUCUGGGCCUCAAGUCCUACAUUUAAUCAAUAGAGCAAACUGCUUCAUUCAAUCCUUUCAUUUCAAACAUAGCACAUGGGUUUAAGGUGCUUCUUUUAAACCGGUAUCUCACUGAGACUCUUCUUUCAUUCUGUCACUUGAAAUCGCUGGAUAUUCAAACUUUAAAUAGUAGCUAGGUUGAAAUACUUUUGCCUUACUUUGUGUAAAACCUUUCACUUGGUACAUUUUAAUCUUCGUGUUUUUUAAAGUUUGUUCUAUUUAUUUCAGGGGUUCUAACAUCUGUUUUGAAAUCACGUCUGUGUAGAUGUUUUUGGUCAUGCUUACAGACCUGCAGCCUGCUUUAACGGCUGUGUAGCGAGUCGUCUGGAUGUGAUAAAUUCCUUACUCUUGUGUGAAGGAAUUUGCUAACCGGAGAGUGAGGCUGCGUGUUUGGGAAGCUCGUGAGACAGAUACACAGAUGCUUUGAUGUCAGUGAUCAUGCUUGCUUCCCCAAACUAUUCUGAAGUUAAAUCACACGUUGUCGUCGUGUCACGUUUCGCCGUAGAUGUUUUAUAUUUUACCUCAAUUUUAAAACUCCUCUAGAUCUCGAGUUAUCAGUAGUAGAUGUCGCUCUUAAUAUAGAUGUAAAGAAUAAGUGCCGAUCUGACAGUCACCAUCACACAAUAUCUUAAACUAAUACCUAGUUUUAUAACAUCAAACUAAUUCAUAUUCACUUUCUUGCCUGUUUGCAUCCUUUUUUUCUUUCUAAAUGAGUAUCUGUGUUCUCCAUCACCGCUCAGAUUAUUACACAAGUAAAGGUUAGCUUGUACAAUCCAUCCACGCCUCUAAACCUCUUGAGAAUGUAGGCAUAUCCUGGCAAAAAAAAAGUAAUUCUAUGCAGUUUAGAUGUGUAAAAUAUGUAAAUGAAGUUUGAGAUCCUAUAUUUAUUAAUUCCCUUUAAAACUAAAGUCUUAUAAUCUUGCACCACAUUGAGAAAAACCAGUCAGGAAAAGGUAGAUAAAUGUGUUGUACAGUGUGUAAAAUGAUGUGCACCUCUUUCUUAAACAGCUGCUCAGAGAUUUAGAGUAUCACCUAAAUCGCAUGACUUGUUGAUUCAUGUACAUUUGAGCAUCAUGUGCGCCACAGCCCAACAAAACUAGAUUGUAAACCUGAUAAAUAUUCCUCCACACAGUAAUUAUAUCACUUCUGUAGUUCCUUCAUCCUACAGGCCAUCCAAAGAACGUCCUAUGGGAAGCAAACUUCCUCACUGAACCCUUCUCUGUGAGUCACUGCUCCCGUUUUCUAUCUGUGAGCGACCUGUGAAACCUUCCUGAUGAUCCUCUUACACCCUGGAGGCUCACAUUACAGCUGAGGAGAAAAAGUUUCCCUUUAUUCUUCUCUGAAGCAUCUGUUGCUAUGGUUAAUUCAGCGAGGAUAAAUCCAGAUGUGCGAAUGUUAAAGUAUGAUUGAUGUGCAGGGUGUUUGGUCCAUUUUUUAUCUCGCACUUUUUCCUGCUUUCAAAGUCCUAAACGGAUAAUUGCAGCUGAGAGAUGGGAGGGUCAGAGCCUUAAGCAUCUAAUUUCCCUGUCUGCUCCAAUUUGAAUUUACUGUCUGAAAUGUCAGCGCGUGUGAAGAAGUGCCGCACUGUGCUGAAAAUGUCAACAAGGACCGGGUCGAACAGAGAAGGGUUUUGUGAAACCCAGAAGUGACAAGUAAAAUGACACGCCACGCUUUUCCCCAUUUUUUAAAUCCUGCUUUUAUCGCUGCUUAAAGGACAGUGAUAUUUACACGCAGCAGAUGAUUUACGCUUUCAUUUAUCCUUCCGCAGCUCAGAGCCCUGAUAACCUUCCUCUCAAUCUGCGAGGGGUCGUUUAGUUCGCUUCUGGUAGGGACAUUUCUAUAGCAUCUUCCAUUUAACGUCAGUUUGUUGCCCAUCUCCCAUAACUGCUCUGCAGAGACUGAUAAGUAGCUUUCAGGAAGGUUAUCGCAAUUAAUUAUUGAGAAUAACUGAACGCAAAGCAGGGGAUACGCAUCAUGCUCCCACAGAUGUAUUUUCAUAUCAACAUAGAUACAUAACAUCAGACAAACUCCUCUCCUUUCCAAUUAAAACAAUCCUCAAAAACAACAGACUAUGAAUUCCCUCAUUACUUUACAUUAUUCCAAAGACUAUCAUUUCAAAACAAAACAGUAUUUUCAUACUUCUUUUUCAAACCAAAUGCAAUCUCUUUUGGGCAGACAUUCUCAAACCUCAGUCUUUUAUCCGAAGCGUUACGGUACAGCCUAUAGAAGAACCUAUUGCAUUGUAUUCAUGUAUCGUAAUGUCACAUACAUAUUCCCUUUGUUUUGCUUUACGCAUGAAACCAUUCCGUUCAAAUCGCGUCUUCAAGUGAAUGCUUGCUAUUCUUGAUUCCCACACUGGAUGUUUCUCUACAGCGCGGAAUUGUUUUAAGUGUGGCACUUGUGUUCAUGAAGCGAGUCGAACUGACCUACCAACACUGUUGCCUCACCAGCAUUCACUUCAGCUUUAAGUUUUUAAAUACUGUGUGCUUUAUUUGCUUAAGUGCUUUAUUGUUGCUUUUAUUGUGAAGUGCUUUAUCUCGAGACGUCCAUUACAUCACUCCAUGUGCUUUACAGAAGUUUUUAGGCUCAACUGUGGGUUUUUUUUUCUUCAUGUUUGUGUUUAGCUGCACUCAAAAGGCAUUAAUCACCCACACUUUAAACUGUGGAGUUCAAACUUGGGUAAAAAUAGGCUGCAUUUACAGCUAGUAUGAUUUUUUCAUCAACUACAAUAAGCGUGAAUGCAGCUACACUGGGAUUUUUGCAUGUUUUUCAAUUUCUGUUUCUGUUGUUUGUCCCCAGGAAACCAUUUGUUUCCAUUUACUCAGCAGGGCAUAACACACCCUGCAAAGAUUAAACCUGCUUCCGAUGGGCUUAAAGGUCGUUUUACGUCUAGCUAUACAUAUGAGGCUCAAGCAGUCUGAGUUUAACAAACCAAAAGUCCUCUAGAAUGAAAUUCAACCUUUACAUUACUACCCCUUUGGAAGAAAGGCACUUUUAAUUGGUAAACUUAGACUUGUUGGACGCUCCUGUUGUCCCUGUAUGAGAUGAUUUGUAAUCUUUUGUAUGCAUUUUGAAUGAAAUUGUAUUCGUCCCCCUUGACUUACAUUGACAUUGCUUCAGAAUGGGAUCUUUAAAGAGGCAGUAUAAAUUGGAAAAUAAAUCACAGCAACUGAAAACUACCAUUUUACAAAUAAAUUGGGAAAAACACAGACACAAAAUCUUAGAUACAACUGCAGUGUGCUCAGAAAACUGUUCUCACUAACUUGGUUACAUGCAAACAAUCCUUUAGGUACUGUAGGAUGUUGCCCUGGCCAAACAAUUACAUCAUGGAUGACCAUUUGAUUUGUAAUUGCAGUGUAACACGCCCGCCCGCACACACACGCCCGCACACACUCACACAAUGACCCGCAGUGUCAUGACUCCACCCAAAGACUGUGUUCCUCCUUCCUUUACCUCGUCGUUCUCCACAAUUUUUCACCACAACGAGCACUUUAACAAAGCUGGACCUUUAUCUCAAAACACCGAUGUUUAAGAGAGCAAUAAGUGGCUUUAAUGUAGUGUACAUAUAGUGCAUGGUUAUUAUCAGGUGACACAUCACAGGGAAAAGGAAUGUAUUUCAUGCUGGGCCUUUAUAAACGGGUGUGAUUGGGGUUUUUAGUCCUAAAGCAGAGAAGCUGGGGUUUACAUCCCAGUGAAUGCUACGACUUAAGAGUGGAUUAUAUUUCCCUUUUUUAUUCUUUGUCUGUUUUAUUCAUUUUCAUGUGUUUGAAUUCAUGUGUCAAUUUCAAUGUUGCAAUAAUUAAGAGGUUUUUAUUAUUUUAUAUACACAUAAAUGGGAAUAUAUAUAUAUAAAGAGAAAAAUGUAUUAGAAAUUAAUUAUAAUAAUGUACAAAUCUGAAUUUGAAAGUUAACACGUGUGCACUUUCUUGUUGAUUAAUCUUUAGCUUUCAGCAUUCCAUUCCUGUAAUGACCAGUGAACUAACAAGUGAAACAACGUCAGAAACUAUAUACCAAAUUAAAGAUUUACUUUAUAGCAA